AUUUAAACAAAUAUAAUGAAUAUAAAAAUUAAACUUUUGAAAACGAUAGCAACAUUGUCAGUAUUCGUAGAUUUAUCUUCUAGUAUUUUCACACCAGUAUUAGAAAUAAGUCAAGGCAAACUACGAGGAUUGCGGAGCAAUGGGCAGGACCGGUAUUUGAGCAUACCUUACGCGACCUGCGAAAGAUUCCAGCUACCCAAGAAACCACCAAAAUGGAAAGGAAUACUGAAUAAUAUAAAUCCAUUCGUAAGAUGCCCCCAAAAAAUGUUUUUCUUCACAACUGGCGACGAAGAUUGCCUUUAUCUUGAUGUGUUUGUCCCCGAAUGGACAAAGAAAUCUGAUAAAUUACCUGUGUUGGUCUUCAUACAUGGGGGAGCCUACUUCAAAGGGAGUAAGGAAUUAUAUGAUCCAGAAUUUCUAGUUAUCAAGGGUGCGAUUGUAGUAAAUAUCAACUACAGAUUAGGGAUAUUAGGAUUUUUGUGUGUCAAUGGUAUAUCAAAUCUUGGGUUAAGAGACCAGGUAGCGGCUUUAAAAUGGAUACAACAGAAUAUAGCUUUAUUUGGAGGAGACCCAGAUAAUGUCACUCUUUCUGGACAAAGUGCUGGCGCGAGUUCUGCUUCUUUACAUUUACUCUCCAAUUUAAGUAAAGGUCUAUUCCAUAAAUCAAUAUUAAUGAGUGGCAACGCGUUUUCGACGUGGGCUUUCAAUGUUGAACCUUUCUCAGUUGCAUUAGAGGAUGCGAGGAAAAUAUCAGCAGCGGAUACCGAAGAGGAUGUGUACGACAUAUUUGCUAACGUCCUCGUGCCCACACUUAUGGACGCCACUUACGAUACCUCAGUGAACCCACGAUACUUCAAGUACUCACCGUGUGUAGAUAACAAUUUCACAGACCCGUUUUUCAAUGGCACUCCAUACGACAUCGUGAAAUCUGGAAAGUUCAAUAAAGUUCCUAUAAUCGUGGGAUAUACGGACGCGGAAGGUGGGUUCUUUUAUAGGUUAUUGAGUAACAAAUUAGUUAAAGAUUUAAAUGAAAAUUUCAGUGAUAGACUGCCAUGUGUAUUUUCCUGGUGUUCGGAGAAAGAAAGAAAGAAAAUCGGGAAAUCAUUGCGAAAUCAUUAUUUUAGACACGGACCUAUUAAUUAUAAAACGUCUGUGAAGGGCUUGAUUCAAUACUACUCCGACUGGAUUGCGUAUGGCUCUAUAAACGCGUUUUCAAAAAUAAUGACUGAAUUCUCUGAUCAGUCUGUCUUCAAUUACCAGUUUUCUUAUGAUGGUAGCAGAGACUACGGUAAACUCAUUUCAGGGGUGGACUUUGAGGGCACAACUCAUGCUGGUGAGUUGUUUUAUAUAUUUAAACCCCUGGGUAUAUCGUUACCUAUGCCCGAAAAUGACCGAAUAAUGAUUGACAGAUUCACAACGCUAAUUCUGAAUUUUAUGAAACAUGGAAACCCAACGCCAAAGAGAACACAAUUAUUGCCUGUAGAAUGGCCAGCGGCUAGAAAAAAUACAUCCAAUAUUUUAGUCCUAGAUAAAUAUAUGUCUGUGAUCGACCAUCCCCGAAAGGAGCAGAGCGGGGGAUUCUUCUUAAAGAUGCUUUGCACUUACGGCAUGCGCGGUUACGUACCGUGUGAGAGCGCAGAAAUGUGUCAAAAUAGUUAGUUUACUUAGAAUUAAGAUUUUGAAAAGUAUUUAUUUUAUGUGAUGUGUUUGUUAUUAAAUCAAUUUGUCUGUUA